UGGAGCCGCUCGGUCACGCCGCUGCUUGGCAGAGGAGUUUGGAGACAGAACGGACGUUUAAAAAGUCCAGCGGUUUGAUGUCCCCGGUCUCUUUCCCGCUUCCAGACCCAGAGGACCGAGCGCGGAGGACGAACCGGGGCUGUGGUCGUUAAACUGGGCCGUGGAGCGGUCCGAUCAGCUGCCGCUGGAUUUUCUUCGCGUUUCAACCGCGAUGGAAGCGGAAAAGCCGCCCAGCUCUCAGAGAUGCUUCCAGUGAAAAGAGAAACUACAGAUCUGCAGCAUUUCACGGUUGUUUUCCCUCCACUGCUGCUCACAGCACGAUCAAGAGUUUGAUCCUGCAGGAGGCCUGAGGAUUUAACUGUUUUAUAAAAAAGACUCUUUAAGGUUGAACCCCCCCUCCAGGAUCCCAAACUUUUAUUUCACUGAUUUUUCUGGUCCAGUUCUACCUCAGAGAUGCCCGGCAGCAAUAGGAAACUUUACUUGCAGAAUUUUAAUGGUGAGAAAUGUGAAUUGGGUCAAACGAGGGGGCAGAAAACGCUCGGCUGACGAACAAACCCGAGCAGCCGGACACGUUUUUUGGAUGUCGUUCACCUACGAGGCCUCUCUCCUGCCUGGACGACGUCACAGAUAGCAGCCAAUGUCGGCCGACAACAGCCCACCGCCACCGCCAGCCUCGCCGCGGUCUUUCCCCGUCCUCCCCCAGCACGCCGCCCCGCCUACUCCGUCGCCAUCACCCAGCCCGCCCACCACCCUCUGCAGCCGGCUGUCUAAUGGCAGCCAGACGGCCCCCAGCCCCACGAACUCGCGGGGAUCCAUCCAAGGCGUCUCCUUCCUGCUCCAGAUCGGACUCACCAGGGAGACCGUCACCCUCGACCCCGGAGACCACUCACUGUCUGCUGUCAGGGAGCUGGUCUGCUCCAUCGUGGAUCAGAAGUUCCCUGAAUGUGGAUUUUUUGGGAUGUAUGACAAGAUCCUGCUCUUCCGUCAUGACCUGAACUCAGACAACAUCCUGCAGCGGCUGACCUCUGCAGAGGAGAUCCAUGAGGGCGAUCUGGUCGAGGUGGUGCUCUCCGCUCUGGCCACAGCCGAGGAUUUCCAGAUCCGACCUCACACGCUGUACGUUCACUCCUACAAGGCCCCGGCGUUCUGCGAUGACUGCGGGGAGAUGCUGUGGGGACUCGUCAGGCAGGGCCUCAAAUGUGAAGGAUGUGGACUGAACUAUCACAAGCGAUGUGCGUUCAAGAUCCCCAACAACUGCAGCGGGGUAAAGAAGAGACGGCUGUCCAACGUGUCUCUGCCGGGCUCCGUCAUGUCUGUCGCCCGUCCGCCGUCCACCGAGUUCACCCCGACGCCACAGGAGGAGCAGCGCCCCCUCUUGGGUGCCGGUAAGCGUAACUCCCUGCUCAGCGGUCGUCCCAUCUGGAUGGAGAAGAUGGUCCUGGGACGGGUCAAAGUCCCCCACACCUUCUCCGUCCACACCUACACUCGUCCUACCAUCUGCCAGUACUGCAAACGCCUGCUGAAGGGACUGUUCCGCCAGGGGAUGCAGUGCAAAGAUUGUAAAUUUAACUGCCACAAGAGAUGUGCAGCCAAAGUUCCCCGGGACUGCCUCGGUGAGGUCGACUUUAACGGAGAGCCAGCCAGUCCCAGUCUGGACUCCGAGGCGACGAUGGAAGUGGACAACUGCGACGUCAACAGCGAUGGAGGUCACAGCAUGGACGAGCAGGACGAGCCAACCACACCCGAAGACAAGCUCUUCUUCAUCGAGGGUCCCUGCACCGACGGCGAGAAAGACGAUGAGACGCUCCGAGCCAUCAGCCCGUCCACCAGCAGUAACAUCCCUCUGAUGCGCGUGGUUCAGUCCAUCAAACACACCAAGAGGAAAAGCUCCACGGUGGUUAAAGAGGGAUGGAUGGUGCACUACACCAACCGCGACAACCUGAGGAAGAGACAUUACUGGAGGCUGGACAGCAAGAGUCUGACUCUGUUUCAGAAUGAAAGCGGAGCCAAGUAUUACAAGGAGAUCCCCCUGUCCGAGAUCCUGCAGGUGGAGCCGGCCCAGGACUUCGGCAGCCUGCCUCAGGGCAGCAACCCGCACUGCUUCGAGGUGAUCACGGCCAACAUGGUGUACUAUGUUGGGGAGGACAACGGCGGCCUGUACCACAACCCUGUCCUGGCGGCGUCUGGCGUUGGACGGGACGUCGGCCAGAGCUGGGAAAAGGCCAUCCGACAGGCGCUGAUGCCCGUCACGCCCAAGGCCAGCGUCGGCACCGGGCCCGGUCAGGGGAAGGACCACAAGGAACUUUCCAUCAGCAUAUCAGUGUCCAACUCCCAGAUACAAGAAAAUGUGGAUAUCAGUUCAGUGUAUCAGAUCUUUGCUGACGAGGUCCUCGGAUCCGGACAGUUUGGGAUCGUCUACGGAGGUAAACAUAGAAAGACUGGCAGAGACGUAGCGAUCAAAAUUAUUGACAAAAUGAGGUUUCCCACCAAACAGGAGAGCCAGCUGAGGAACGAGGUGGCCAUUCUCCAGAACCUCCACCACCCUGGCAUCGUUAACCUGGAGUGCAUGUUCGAGACGCCCGAACAGGUGUUUGUCGUCAUGGAGAAGCUUCAUGGCGACAUGCUGGAGAUGAUUUUAUCCAGCGAGAAGAGUCGACUGCCCGAACGCCUCACCAAGUUCCUGGUUACACAGAUCUUGGUGGCCCUCAGACACCUUCACUUCAAGAACAUUGUUCACUGUGACCUGAAGCCAGAGAACGUCCUCCUGGCCUCAGCAGAACCCUUUCCUCAGGUGAAACUCUGUGACUUCGGCUUUGCUCGUAUCAUCGGGGAGAAAUCUUUCCGCCGUUCGGUGGUCGGCACUCCCGCCUAUCUGGCGCCUGAGGUCCUUCGCAGCAAAGGCUACAACCGAUCUCUGGACAUGUGGUCAGUCGGCGUUAUCAUCUACGUCAGUCUGAGCGGGACAUUUCCUUUCAACGAGGACGAAGACAUCAACGACCAAAUCCAGAACGCUGCCUUCAUGUACCCCCCCAACCCCUGGAAGGAGAUCUCAGAGGAGGCCACAGACCUGAUUAACAACCUGCUGCAGGUGAAGAUGAGGAAGCGCUUCAGUGUGGACAAAUCACUGAGCCACCCCUGGCUGCAGGACUACCAGACCUGGCUGGACCUCAGGGAGUUUGAGACCCGUCGAGGUGAGCGCUACAUCACUCACGAAAGUGACGACGCCCGAUGGGAGGAGUACGCUGACGAGAGAGGCCUGCACUACCCCAAACACUUCAUCAUGUCACCAAACCUGGACGACAUGGAGGAAGACCCUUAGUGGCUGCAACUGGGUCAGCAUUUCCUAUGAUGAUGCAGCAGACCCCGAGGAGUCCCUCACCAUGGAGACUGUGAGCUGUCCCCAUGGUGGCGUGGGGUAACAUGGAUGAUGAGGAGGCGUCAGUCAGGCAGCUCUGUGAGGAAACUGUGAGAUUCUCACUGUGGCGACAAAUCAGGUCCAGAGAAUUUUUUUUUUUUUAAACAGAUUUCACCUUUUUCCUAUUUUUUCUACAAGCCAUAACAACCAGACCCUGUGAGCCCAAAUCUGGAGAGAUUUCUUUUUUCUCCCCAGAUUCAAAGUUCAGUCUCUUAAGUAACUGACUUCACUGCCAGUUGAGCCACAGAAGGGCUAGCUAAAAACCAAUCCAGAGACUUAACACACUUUUUCAGCUCAAAUAGCAUAUUUUUUUAUUGAGUCCUUAAUUGCAUUUUAGAUUUCAUAGAGCUGUGCAGGGGAGGAAACAGUUGUUUUACACACUUAGAUAAACAUGUCCUUCAAACUGGAAUACAGAAGAAACAAAUAUGUCUUGAAGAUGUUCUGACUAUAAUGUUUUGGGUUUUUUUGGGAUGUCUUUGCACUAUUGGGAAACUUUUUUAAAGGAGAAAUAACUGAUAAUAACUUUUGGUUUGUUCAUCUGCAAAAGAAUGAUUUCUAGUUUCCCAAGUUCUUCGUUUAGUUUUAUGAGAAUUCAGUUGAAGGACAAAGUCUACAGUCAAAUCAGCGGCCAGGCUGAAACACUGAAAAAUGGAGACAACAAAAACAAACAAAAAAACACAACAAGUGUUCGGAUGUGCAGCAGGCCUCUGAAAGCUUUCCAAGUAAACUUCAGUUUUACAUUUCCAACACUCGUCCCUGAGUCCAACCGACAGUAAACACAGAAACUAGCCUCUCAGAUUAGCUUCUGGAGCUAAUGCAUAGAGAUCUGCUAGCCAGCUACCAAGCCUAGCAUGCUAAGGUUAGCAUGUGAAAAUACUCAAUGUUAACAUGAACUGCUAACAUUAAUUAUCUCAGGAAAUUGUGUAGUUUAGCGUUUUAGAAUUUUAACAUGCUAACUUUUAGCAUGUUAGCAUUUCUCUGAAAGUAAAGUUUAGGGUGGAAGGAAUUUAUCCAUUAAUUUCAGACGUAUCCUCUGGGUACCAUGAAAAUCUAAUACAUCUAACAAACCCACAUUACUGUCUAUGAAGCUGCUAACAUGGUUAAAAUGAAGUUUUCGCUCUUUUUCAAACAGAUGGGAUUAUUUUAAAAUGUUGCUGCAGAAGUUCAGAUUCAGCUGUGAGAACUUUGUUUCCCUACGACCGAAUGAAUCGAUCAGAAAAGUCAGUUCAGGACCAGAUACCAGGCUGCUGCAGAUACUCAGAGGCUAUAAUACAAACAUACUUUUGCAGAAAAACAAAUUUUUUAAAGUUAUUUUCAGACUGAUUCUUUCUGAAACUUUGGACGAAGACGAGCUGAGAAUUUAGCUGCUAUUGUUUUUGUCUUUCUGUGGAAACUUGUCUGAGAAAAAAAAAAAAAAACGGCUGGACUGUAGACCAGCGUUUUUCCUGAGCUGACCUCAGCCUGAGAAUUUAUUUCACAUUUU